AUGGACGAUUCACAUUUCAACGAUAUAUUUAGCGACCUGGAAAGCGACGAAACAAAAACAAAGUUCAACAAAGCAUGUGAUUAUUUGCAGCAUUUAGUGAAUCAAUUAGAGGCGAGUCAAUUGCUCGAAUUUUACGGCCUAUACAAACAAGCCACCGUUGGACCAUGUAACACAUCCAAACCGGGCAUAUUUAGUAUGAAUGCUCGUGCCAAAUGGAAUGCAUGGGCCGAGUUGGGUACAAUGAACAAGGAAACGGCAAUGCGAACGUAUGUAUCGAAAUUGGAUGAAAUCGAACCGGAUUGGAAUCAACAUGAUGCAUCGAAUACAAAAGCAAAAAAACCAACUUGGGUGUCAGUGUCAACGCCUGUGGUGGAAAGUGAUGACGAGCACAAAGGCGAUAAAUCAUUGAUUGACCACGUAAAAGAUGGGAAUGUUGAUGAGAUUUUGACAUUUUUCAGUGCAUCGAUAACGAUUGAACAACACGAUAAACCGAAAAAACUUCCCGUCAACGAGUACGAUGGCGAUGGAUUGGGCGCCAUACAUUGGGCAGCUGAUCGUGGUCAUCAUCAAAUUUUGGACAUUCUUCUUCAGAACGGAGCCAACGUUAAUCUCAUCGAUAAAGAUAGUGGACAGACGGCAUUGCAUUAUGCCAUCAGUUGCAGCCAUGUGGAAUGCAUUAAGAUUCUUUUGCAUCACGGAGCCAAUCCACACAUCACCGACUCAGAUGAUGUAACUUGCAUCGAUCUAGCAAACGAAUCAGACGAUCCAAAUAUUAUUGAUCUUUUGAAAACUUAA